CCGUCAGUGUGGGGGAGGGACGGGGCGGGACCUGGUGGCCGGUCACGUGAGGCGGGGCCGCUGCGUCGUGGCGGGUCGACGGGGGGAGCCGUCCUGUCCUGUCCUGUCAUCGCUGGGAGCUCAGGGUUUAGGAGGCGGGGAAGUGAGCGGCCAUUGAGGGCGGCCAGGGUGCGGGUUAGCACCCUCCCACCCCCCCCCCCCCCAUCUGCUCGUUGUGCGGGCUGAGCUUCGAUGGAGGACCACAUGACGGGGCACAAUAAGGAGAAGCUUUAUGAGUGCGAUGUAUGUGGCAAGGCCUGGCAGCACCCGAGCCGGCUGGAGGCCCACCGGCGGGUGCACACGGGAGAACGCCCCUUCGACUGCUCGGAGUGUGGCAAGAACUUCGCCUGCUACGGUACCCUGAGGCGGCACAAACGCGUCCACUCUGGCGAAAGGCCAUUCGGCUGUUCCAUCUGCGGCAAGAGUUUCAAGACAGCGCAGGUCCUGAAGGCCCAUCGGCAGGUGCACACAGGCGAGAAGCCCUAUGGUUGCUCCACUUGCGGCAUGAGAUUUGCCCGGUUGUCAGGGCUAUGGCAGCACCGGCGGGUGCACAGCAGUGAGCGGCCCUUCACCUGCUCUAACUGCGGCAAAGGCUUCACAUCGUUGCCAGAACUGAAGGUGCACAGGCGUGUGCACACCGGGGAGCGGCCCUACACCUGCAGCGACUGCGCUUUCGGCCUCACGCAUCAGCUGCUGACCCCACUCGGAGGCUCUCUGCCCGCAUGUUGCUCACGGGCUCAGCCCGGCCUCCGGGAAUUUAUUCUCCGUGGGUUCCGAAAGGGGCGAUACCUUCAUGAUGACUAA